AUGUUGGUGCGCCCAGGUGAGUCAGGUGGGCCCGCCCCCAGCGCCCUCCGCGCGUCUCGCGCACCUGCCUCGCCGCUCAGUCCACCGCCACACGCCGGCCUGGCGACUUGUGCUCCGUGCACGCCGCCACUCUCUCCACACUCUCGCGAGCUCUGCGCGACGUUUCUCGCUUCUCCCGAUCGCUCAGUUUCCCGCUCCCUCGCGUUGACCCGAGAUCGGAGACGAGACGAAAUCGGGAAGUCGGCGGCAAACGUAGCCGUCGAACGCUCGGAGGUCGGCCGCGGAUGCGGUCGUGAGAGAGUCGUGCGAGGCCUCAAGGAGGCCGCCGGCACGCUGUUCCCGCCGCAGCUCGGGUGCGUGUCCUACGUGACGCCGUGUGCCUGCUGCCCGCCGCUGUUCCUGCAACCGGCUCCGCAUCCGCACCCGCUCCCUUUGCCGCUACCUCUCCCGUUGCCCUUAGCCCUCCCGCUCCAAGCCCUAGACCCCCAAGUCGCUAAACACCAACGGCUGCUGCUCUCUAACAUGGCAUACGAAACGUGCCUAGGUGUUCCUUUGUGUUUGACUGGUCGUUGGAGACCUAGUGUGGGGUAUGAGGCGCGACGCGCGCGGCGCUGUACAAGUACUUGCAGUGUAAUGCCGCUGCACUUGCCCUGGUCAGGAAGCGCAGCGGAAUGCAGUCAGUCGCGUUUGUACCACCGCGUGGGGUGGGGUGCGGGGCUGCACGAGGGCAAUGUACGCGGCGCCGGCGCACCUCACUGCCUCCCAUUCAGUACAUCUCAGUGA